GACACAGCCAUCAUGUAAGAAGGCGAGAAAUUUGAAAGCCACUCCCUCCUGCCGUUCACUCUCUCCCGCUGCCAGCAGCAGCUCUCUAUCCGUCUCUGCGUGCGGUUCUUGUCCGCCUGUUUAAAAUGGACCAGGACUGGCAAGCGUUAGCCACACAGCGAGCCGAAUACGUGUCUGACCGUAUCCGCGGGCUGCUGUCAUCCGGCCUGGACUUCCUCCGGGCCGAGCUCGGGGUUGAUCUGGGGAUUAAGCCGGAGAAGUAUCCGUCGUGGCUGAUUCUGAGCGCGGCGCUGAUCGGGCUGCUCUUGCUGGUGGUGCUCGCGGCCUGCGGACGAAGGAAGCGCCGAGCGGUUCCCGUUACCGUGAGUCCCAGCAGCAUCGCCGCCGCGGCGCCGGUGAAGACCAGCGCACCGCCGAAGACCGUGAAGACCGAGCCGACCGAGCCCAAGAAGAAGAACAAAAAGAAAGCAGCCGAUAAGCAGAAGGCCCAGGCUAAUGGACAAACAGUGGCUGAACCUCAGGAGGAAAUCAAAGUUACUGGGGAGAAAAAGAAAGCACCUCCUGCACCUGCGCCAGCUCCGACUCCAGCAACGGCUCCAGUUCCAGCACCAGCACCAAAACCAAAACAAAAACCAGCGCCGACACCAGCACAGCCACCUGCUGAUACUAAGACCAAGAAGAACAAGAAGAAACCAAAACCAGAGGUGAAGACAGCCCAAGAUGUUUCCUCCACUGAUGGAAAGGAAACAGAUGAAGCAGGUGCUUGGGAAACCAAGGUCAGCCAUCGAGAGAAACGUCAGCAGCGCAAAAAAGAGAAGGGCCCUGGCGAAAGCUCUGGCAGUCCUGAAAGUGGAGAUCGUGCCAGCAUGAAGGUGGAACAACCUGUGGUUACAGCCACAGCUGGCAACAAGAAGAACAAAGAGUCAUCGCGCACCAAGCCCUCAAAGAGUGAUGCCAUCAUUGCCCCAGUGACGUCUGCUUGGAAUGAUGUGAACUCUGUUAAUGGUGGUGGUUUGACAGAGGUUCCUGUGAAGCAGUCAGUCCAAUCAAAUGCUUUAAACAACGAGAAAUGGUCUGCUGGGAGAAAGACCUCAGGGCACAAGAACCGUGAAAACUCCACCUGGAAACAAGAGUCAGAGGGGCAAUUGACUGGUUUGGAUGGUAGAAUUAAGGCUGAACCGAACCAAGUGAACUUGACAAUGCUUGGACUGAAUCCAUCAGGUGGAGAGACUGGAACUAAAUCUAGUAUUGAAAUAGGGAAAUGGGACAAGACCCCCGUGGUGGACGGUGAAUGGUCCAGUUUCAAUGGUCUUGGCUCUGUGGAUCCGAGCUCAGACUGGAACGCUCCAACUGAAUUAUGGGACAAUUUCGAAGCCAAAGUAGAUGCUUCUGCUCUGAAGGAGAUACCAGUUUCCAAGCCUCUCGUGGAGUCAAAUGAUGACAAAGACAAAGAAGAUCCUGCAGGAGGUGGAAAGUCCAAGCGAAGAAAGAAAAAGAAGAGACCGGAGGAAGAAGGAUCAGCUGUUGAGGUGAUUCCCGAGGUUUCUGCUCCGCCAGAGAAGAGUGUGACUGUCAAGCCUCAUCCUCCUCCUCAUGUUCCAAAGGAUGCGGGAUCCAAGCAAAACAUCCCUCCACAGUCUUUACAAAAGAAAUCUGAUCAGAAUUGGGAACCACCGAAGCAAGUUCAGAAGAAAAAAGUCAGGAGAGAAACAUGAACCUGCGAAUGACACCCAGAAUAGCUUAUGCAACUAGAUUGUUUAUGCAAUAAUUUCACAGUACAGAAUUUUAUACUGAGGAAAUUUACUGUGCUUUUAACAAAAAAAAUCAAAAUCGAAAUGAACUGAGUUGGAAAACUCGGCGCAAAAAAAGAGAAGGAAUAAGGCAAACUCUAGAGUAAAAGGUGAGCAGUCCAUGGGCUGGAAUACUACUUAUGUGCACUAUUACGCUACACUGAGGUUUGUUAAGGAAAAAACAGAUCGUCCUUGAUAUCAGGCAGGCUUUCAGUGGAGCGAAAACCAUUCAUGAUCAUUAUUUUCCAAUAUAAUUUCGAAGCCGGAGUGAGGACCUGCUUACUACUUGGUCGAUUACUGUCGCUGCUGUUACUGUAGCGGCCACAAGGCGGCGCUGCGAGUCGGCGUCUCCUCCAGCAGCUCCGGGUGAAAUACUGUAAUGUCGUGAUGGGAAAACCAGAGAACGGUUCUAUUACAGAGACCUUUUUUUUCAACGCUAGAUCUAUUUUCAUAGUGCUUUUCUUCCGUCCUGAGUAUAUAAAUCUAUAUUUUACCCAUAUAAUUGGGUACGUGAAUCUUGAAGACGUAACAACUUCCCUUUUUAAUCAACUCCCAGUUGACUCUAAUGCUUUAUUUCCUGCAGACUAAAGUAGAAAAAGCCACGCCAUAUGUAUAGAACUAUAAGGGCUUUUUUUUCUAUGGUAAAACUCUUUGUAAUUAAUUGCACUGUGCUGAAGGUUGUAAAAUACCACGUGUAUUUACUUAAUUUUUCUUUUCUUGCACAAUGUGAACAUUUAAUUUCUUUUGGUUCAUCUUUGACUGAGUAGAUUAGUUUGUUUGUUUUUUUUAUUGGGAAAGUCGAUGAUUUAUUAUGAUUAGCGCAGCUUUAAUUCCUUGACACUAAAACGUCUCGGUAUCAGGAAUCUGUUGCCUUAAUCUUGACUUUAGUAGAGCUUUUCUGUUCUCUUCCUCGAGUCGUUUUUUAUUUCUUUUAUUAUUUACAGGUUUGGCUUUGCUGUUCAUUUCAGAUUUGAUUGAUGUCAGUGUUGCACUUGCAUGAAUUUAAUAUCCAUUUAUAAUGAUGAACAACGUCCUGAUUCUCUGUCCACUCGUGCAAGUACCGCUCACUGUAAAUAGGCUUUAAUGAAUGAUUACGAUGGCGACGAUGAUGAUGAUGAUGAUGAAUGGAUGUUUUUAAAUGCAUAUUCAUAUUUGGGUUGACUCGGUGGUGUUUUGCCCAUAGUCGUUUUUUUUUUUUGUGUAAAUUUGACUAGAUGAUGUGUUUUCUGAGACGUCAGAUUGCCUGCCUUAGGUUAUCAUUCUAGAGGUUACUCAAAUGAUGUAUUUCUACCGGUUUAUGGAUUUGAGAAUGAUCAUGUUUACUUCAGUCGAUGCAAUAUUUCUAUGUUGAUUUGUUCAAUAAAAAGAAGGCCGCUGUUUGAGCUUAGAGCUGGUGAUUUGUUCAAUAAAAGAAAAUGAAGUUUGGGCUCA